AUGGACCCAGUCAAGUAUAUAUUUGAAAAGUCCGUUCUCACCGGACAGAUCGCUCAGUGGCAAGUUCUACUGUCAGAGUUCGACAUUGUUUAUGUCACUCAAAAGGAGAUAAAAGGGAGCACCUUGGUAGAUUACCUAGCUCAGCAGCCCAUCAAUGACUACCAACCUAUGCAUCCAAAAUUCCCAGAUGAGGACAUCAUGACCUUGUUCGAGGAUGAGGUGGGCGAUGAAGAUAAGGACAAAUGGAUAGUGUGGUUUGACGGCGCGUCCAACGCACUAGGCCAUGGAGUAGGGGCGGUUUUGCUUUCCCCCGACAAUCAAUGCAUACCCUUCAUAGCUAGGUUGGGCUUUGACUGUACGAAUAACAUGGCCGAGUAUAAGGCAUACGCCCUUGGGAUCCAAACAGCAAUCGACUUCAAGGUCAAGUUGCUCAAAGUGUAUGGAGACUCAGCCUUGGGAAAAGAAUCAAAUGGCGAUGCACUUGCCACUCUGGCAUCCAUGUUUCAGUUGACCCUACAUGGGGACUUGCCGUACAUCGAGUUCAGAUGUUAUGGCAAGCCCGUACAUUGCUGCGUAAUAGAAGAAGAACAAGAUGGUAAAACAUGGUACUUCAAUAUUAAGCGAUACAUUAAAGACAAGGAGUACUGA